CAACCCCUAAGCAGGACAAAUUUUUAAAACAAAUUCAUGACUCAAAUAAGUAAUCAAUAAAAAAAUGUAAAGAAAUACACACACCAGAAGUGAGUAUAUUUUCAAGGUAGCUAGCUUGACAGAGAUUUGUCUGAAGUAUUCAUUAUUUUUACAGUACCUCCUUUCAAUAAAAUAGGGAGACAUAAGGCAACAACGAAUAUAAAACCACCAGAAAAAGUUAAAUCCAAUCAACAGACAUGCAUUCUGUGGAGGUGCGUGGUGCUUAUAAGUACUAUGGAAAGCCAAAAGAUCCGAAAAUCAUCUUAAAUCGAUUAAAUAUGACUGUCGCGCCAGGUUCCAUAUAUGGCUUGAUGGGCGCGUCAGGUUGCGGCAAGACGACAUUACUUUCAUGUAUAAUCGGCAUGAUACCAUUAGAUGGAGGUGAAAUUACCGCAUUAGGACAUAAGACUCAGGCAAAUGAGAUACAAAAAGCAGGACACAGAAUUGGUUACAUGCCACAAGAGACAGCUUUAAUUGGAGAGCUUACGAUCAAGGAGACUAUUUAUUAUUUCGGUAAAAUAUUUCAAAUGGACUUUGAGAAAUUAAGAGAGAGGUAUGACAUGUUACAUAAACUACUUGAGUUACCACGUGGAGAUCAGAGAGUUGAGGAAUGUUCAGGUGGACAAAUGAGGAGAGUUUCAUUUGCAGCUGCUUUGAUUCAUGAACCUGACUUAUUGAUUCUUGAUGAGCCUACAGUCGGUCUAGAUCCAAUAUUGAGAGAAAAGAUAUGGGACUUUAUGUUGCACGUAACACGAACAAGCAAACUUGCAAUAAUCAUCACAACACAUUACAUAGAUGAAGCAAAGCAGGCAGAUCGAUGUGGGUUGAUGCGGAAUGGAAUUCUUCUAGCCGAAGAUACGCCACUUAACAUUAUAAGUCGUCACGAGGUUGAUAACCUUGAGGAAGCAUUCUUAAAACUUUGCAUGAAGCGUGGAUCUGAAGAUGCUGUUGACACUGACAUAGUAAACGGACAUCAAUGUAGUGAAUUACAGAUGGAUAAUUUAGAGUUGCAGGAGCGAACAGCAAAUCACAUGAAUGGAAAUGACAAGAAAAUUGUGCCUUUAGCAAAUAACAAUAAUAAUAUUCAGAACCAUAACCAUAAUAAUUGUGCCACUAGUCAAGAGCAAGAACAACCAAUUCCACCACAACAGUCAAUAGCUCAAGUAUUCAAGCGUAAAAAAUAUACUUGGUCAACGCUUCAAGCGCUCUUUACAAAAAAUUAUUUGCAAAUGAAAAGGCAACCUGCUGGUGUAGCAUUCAUGAGCAUAGUGCCGAUUUUACAAAUUGUAUUUUUUUACAUGGCAAUCGGUGGAAAUCCCAUUGGACUUAAAUUCGGCGUAGUAGAUGAUGAAGUUAACUAUAAUGAUUGCUUUAAUACAUCUCUAAUAACAACGAUAGCACAUGAAGAUACCUGCGAUUUACACAAAGUCUCAUGUCGAUUUAUACAGGAAUUUCAAGAUAAUGUGGCAAUUAAGCAGCAUUAUAAUACCUUUGAUGAGGCAUUUGCGGAUGCAAAAAAAGGAAAGAUUAUUGGAUUUUUAUAUUUUGCUAAGAACUUUACAGAGUCAUUAGAUACGGUCCAGAGAGUAGGUAGAGAUGCUGAUGAUGGAUCAGCUGACAACAGUCGAAUUGACAUCUACAUGGACCACUCUGAUCUUCAAUUGACAUUCUUCCUGCAGUCGAAAUUCUAUCAAAUGUACAAGAACUUUACACAGCACAUGAUGUCGGACUGUAAUUUGCCAAAGAAAUUAGGAAAUAUUCCUGUCAAUUUUGAACAGCCAAUUUACGGCAGCUAUGAUACAGACUUCAAACACUCAAUGGCACCGCCAAUGAUCAUGGUCAUGAUGUUCUACAUUGCAGCUGGUUUAACUGUUGCUAUUUUCAUUGCUGAUCGAAAGGAAGGCUUCUGGAAUCGAACACUAUUAGCUGGCGUUACCCUCAAAGAACUUAUGCUUGUCCACAUCCUCACACACUCAACUGUCUUAAUCAUUCAACUUGUUGAGACAAUUUUCCUCAUUGCUUUCGUGUUUGGUGCUGAAAAUAAAGGAAGUAAUAUUGGUGUCAUAUUCUUGCUAAUGAUGCUUGCGUACUCGGGAAUGUUUUUCGGAAUGCUGUUAUCUGUUGAAUGCAAUGAUCUCAGAGAAGCAAAUUUCGUACUGACAGGCAUUGCCACUCCAAUGGUUGUACUUGCUGGUAUGUUUUGGCCACUUCAAGGCAUGCCAGUAUUUCUGCAGUAUGUUUCUUAUUGUAUGCCAUUUACAUUGCCUUCGAUAUCUGUAAGAAAUAUUAUGAUGAAAGGCUACUCGUUCUUCCAUCCGACAGUAUUGACUGGUGCUGUUAUUGUGACUGCUUGGGCAUUCUUUGCUGUAUUUUUAGGGUUACAAGGUUUAAAAAGGAAAAAGUAUAGUCGAAAUACAUAAAUUAAGGUGCUUUUUUUUUAAUUUGUAAAAUAUUCCUUACUUAAUUUUUUAAUUAUUUUUUUUAUUUUGUACCUUUGUACUUUUUAUUUUGUAAAUUUGUAUCUGAUAUUAAAGCUUAAUGUUAUCUUGAAGAUGGAACGAGAA